UUGUUAGGGGAGAGGGCAAGGGUUAGGACCCAGGGCACUGGGAGCCCAGGGCCAGGAGGCGAGCUCCGUGCUUGGUGCUUGGAGGAAGCCCCGCCUGGCGCCAUGGCCUUCCUGGUAGCUGGGACCCUGCAGGUGGCCACGCAGAUGGCAGAUAAUCGAGACAGCCUGGGGAGAAAGGGGAAGUACAACGUGCAGGGUCCAAGGGCAGCCCUGAUGCUCAGCAGCCCUGGGGUGGCAGCCACUGCAGUCACUGCCCUGAAGGAUGUGUUCCAGGCCCUGGGCUUUGAGAGCUUCGAAAGGAGGGAGGUCCCGGUCCAGGGCUUCCUUGAGGAGCUGGCUUGGUUUCGGGAGCGGCUGGAUGCCCACAGACGCCUUGUGGGGUGUGCCCUAGUGGCCUUGGUGGCCCCCAGAGGGCAGCUGUGGCAGCCACAGCAGCUAGUCUGGGAGCUGAGCAGCUGUGGGGUCCUUCAGGGCUGCCCCAAAGUCUUUCUGCUGCUCCCGAGUGGCCCUGGUGCCACCCUGGAGCCCGGAGCCUUCCUCAAUGGCCUGAGAGAGCUCUGUAGCCGCACUCCUCACUGGUCCCUGGUGCAGCUGCUGACAGAGCUCUUCCACAGGGUGGCUGAAGAGUCCACAGGGGGCACCUGCUGCCCUGUUCUUCAGAGCUCCUUGCGGGGGGCACUGUGCCUGGGAGGCGUGGAGCCCUGGAGGCCUGAGCCAGCCCCUGGUCCCAGCACUCAGUAUGACCUGUCCAAGACCAAGGCUGCCCUCCUCCUGGCUGUGAUCCAAGGCCGGCCUGGGGCCCAGCACGAUGUGGAGGCGCUGGGGGGCCUGUGCCAGGCCCUGGGCUUUGAGACCACCGUGAGGACGAACCCUACAGCCCAGGCUUUCCAGGAGGAGCUAGCCCAGUUCCGGGAGCAGCUGGACACCUGCGGGGGCCCUGUGAGCUGUGCCCUUGUGGCCCUGAUGGCCCAUGGGGGACCGCAGGGUCAGCUGCUGGGGACUGACGGGCAAGAGGUGCAGCCCCAGGCACUGAUGCAGGAGCUGAGCCGCUGUCAGGUGCUGCGGGGACAUCCCAAGAUCUUCCUGCUGCAGGCCUGCCGUGGGGGAAAAAGGGAUGCUGGUGUGGGGCCCACAGCUCUCCCCUGGUACCGGCGCUGGCUGCCGGCACCUCCAUCUGUCCCCUCCCAUGCAGAUGUCCUGCAGAUCUAUGCCGAGGCCCAAGACAGCUCCGGCAGGGGCCCCCCUUCAGGGAGCUCCCACCAGGCAGACAUCCUGACGGUCUACGCAGCCACUGAGGGCUAUGUGGCCUAUCGGGAUGAGAAGGGCUCAGACUUUAUCCAGACCCUGGUGGAAGUCCUCAGAGCCAACCCCGGGAGGGACCUUCUGGAGCUGCUGACUGAGGUCAACAGGCGGGUGUGUGAGCAGGAUGUGCUGGGCCCCGACUGCGAUGAACCCCGAAAGGCCUGCCUGGAGAUCUGCAGCUCGCUCCGGCGCCGGCUCUGCCUCCAGGUCUGACAGCGCCGCGGCCACCAGGGGGCUGCUGAGACCGCCACUGUUGCCUCCCUCCACCACCCACCCCGCGGUUUCCUCAUCUGAGAGCGAGGCGUGGCAGUGUGGGGGUGGGCGUGCAAUAAACGUCUGCCGUGAACAGU